AUGAGGGGAGGCAGGGCAGCCUCCCAGCUCCCCUGGGAAAAACGCCGUCGGCCCCUGGAGCCAGCCCGAGAGAGCAAGGGGUCCCCGGUGUCUCCUGUACCCCUCCCAGCGGACCUCUGCUCACCAGCACCCUCUCCCUCUCCCCUCAGCAUCAUCAGCUGGUUCGUCCGGUCCUUCAAGUACCUGUACGGCCUCCGCUUCGACGUGAAGGGUCGCCAGCGGCUGUGGGUGGACCGGCCCUGCGUCAUCGUGUCCAACCACCAGAGCAUCCUGGACAUGAUGGGCCUCAUGGAGAUCCUGCCCCCGCGCUGCGUGCAGAUCGCCAAGCGGGAACUGCUGUUCACGGGCCCGGUGGGCUUGAUCAUGUACCUGGGGGGCGUCUUCUUCAUCAACCGGCAGCGCUCCAGCACCGCCAUGAGCGUGAUGGCCGACGUGGGCGAGCUCAUGACCCGCGAGAACCUCAAAGUGUGGAUUUACCCCGAGGGCACGCGGAACGACAACGGGGACCUGCUGCCCUUUAAGAAAGGCGCCUUCUACCUGGCGGUCCAGGCACAGGUGCCCAUCGUCCCCGUGGUGUACUCCAGCUUCUCCUCCUUCUACAACCCCAGGACGAAGCUCUUCACCUCAGGUAGCGCCCGCGCCCCUCGCAGAGGACAGUUCCCACUGCCGGGGCUGCCGUGGGCCAGACCCUGCCGCGCAGUGACCACUGGGGCGGGGGAGGGACCGGGGCCAUGUCCCAGUGAGGGAACGGAGGCCCCAGCAGGUGGGUUGGGUCCAAGUUCACACACACAGGCCCAGGCUGUGCACACAGCUGGGGGCUCAGCGGGGGACAGCUCCUGGCGGAGGGGGCUUCCGGGCCAG